GUUUGUCCGUCGCGGGCACCCGUCCGGCGUUCGCGUGCGGCAACAUGGCGGCGGUCUCAAUGUCAGAGGCGCUGAGGCGGGCGCUGUGGGGGCGAAGGGCAGCGGCUGCGGCUGCCGUCUCCGUGUCGCGGGUUCCGACCAGGUCACUGAGCACUUCCACGUGGGGGCUGGCACAGGACCGGACUCGGGACGCGCAGCUCAUCACGGUCGACGAGAAAUUGGACAUCACGACUCUGACCGGAGUCCCCGAGGAGCACAUCAAGACGCGGAGGGUCAGGAUCUUCGUCCCGGCUCGCAACAACAUGCAGUCUGGCGUGAACAACACCAAGAAGUGGAAGAUGGAGUUUGACACCAGGGAGCGCUGGGAGAACCCGCUCAUGGGCUGGGCGUCCACGGCCGACCCCUUGUCCAACAUGGUUCUGACCUUCAGCACCAAAGAAGACGCAGCUGCCUUCGCAGAGAAAAACGGGUGGAGCUACGACAUCGAAGAGCGGAAGGUGCCGAAGCCCAAGUCCAAGUCCUACGGCGCGAACUUCUCUUGGAACAGGAGAACGAGAGUGUCCACAAAGUAGGCGGGCACCGCCUCGGCCUCCGAGCCAAGUCAGCUGCGCCGAGUGCAGUCCUCGCUCCAUCUCCUAAUAAAUGUGACCUUCAG